AUGCUCGGUCGGCUUCGUAUGGGCGUUACGGAAUGUAUUGACAAGUACCUGCAGCUUUCUGCGUCGGCCUUCACGCGGAAGAGGAACAAGAUAAACAUCAUGGGCAAAGGAAAAGACUUAUGGACUAUGCACGGAAAAUACCGAUCCGAGAGUCUCGUCGAGGAGUUCAGAGCAGCCGCCAGCGAGGCCGCCGGAGAUGCGGACGCACUUCUAUUCGAGCCUGGCGGACUGUGCAGAGUCUUUGUUUGCACACAGUCCAAAGCGCUCAACACGCCCGUCUUGUUGCGAUCUUACACUACGGCCGACUCGGUCGACGGCUUAUCGACGACCGAUGUCAAGAUAUGGGAAGCUGCCCGUGCGACCUCGGCAGCAUCCACCUUCUUCGAUCCGAUACGCAUCGGCUGCCAGGAGUUUGUUGACGGGGCCACGGGUUGGAACAACCCCGUCGAGGCCGUCCUGGCCGAAGCCAACUCCAUCUGGAAAGACACCCCGUCGAGGAUCCAGUGCCUCGUGAGUAUCGGGACGGGCAAGUCUCAGUUCCGGGACUUCCGCAGUAACCUGAUCGAGAUGAAGCGGACGCUCGUGGCCUUGGCCACCGAGGCCGAAGAGACAGAGCAACGCGUCUACCGGAACCAGAAGAACUUUGGCGUUGGUGGACGCUAUUUCCGCUUCAAUGUUGACCGUGGUCUAGAGGAUGUUGUGCUGGACGAGUACGAAAAGCGAGGGGACAUCGUGACAGCCACUGAGGCGUAUCUCGACGACCCGCGUGUCCAUGCCCUGGUCACCGACUUCCUCCAGGCCAAGUCACCGUCCGUUAGCGAUCUUGCGCUGGCUUGCGUAUUCCACGCAGCCUCUGACGUUGGCCGAGGCGGCUGA